AUGUCCAGUAUAGCAUCUUGCGCGCUACGGUCGGCGAGCCGCAAGGCUACAGCUACCGCCCCGUUGCGAGCUCUGCCUCGUGCUGCCCUGGUGGCCGCGAGAACGACGCCUGCCAGACGGGGAUAUGUGACCGAGUCCAAGCAGGACCAGGCCCGCGUCGAAACCGCCAUCAAGCUGGAUAAAAAGGACUUCGUCGACAUUCCCCCUCCGCCCAUGGGCGCUCCUGCGGAUGCCAAGGUCAGCCCUAUGGCUGAGGUUCUAAAGCAAGCUGCUGUCAUGGAAGAAGGACAACGACCAAUCUACUUGGAUAUGCAGGCAACCACGCCAGUUGAUCCCCGCGUCCUCGACGCCAUGAUUCCCUUCUAUGUCGGCGUCUACGGGAAUCCCCAUUCCCGGACGCACGCCUACGGCUGGGAGAGUGAGAAGGCUGUUGAGGCUGCUCGUGAGCACAUCGCUUCGCUCAUCGGCGCUGACCCCAAGGAAAUUAUUUUCACUUCGGGCGCCACCGAGAGUAAUAACAUGAGCAUCAAGGGCGUUGCCAGAUUCUUUGGUCGCUCUGGCAAAAAGAAUCAUAUCAUCACAACACAGACAGAGCACAAGUGCGUCCUGGAUAGUUGCAGGCACUUGCAGGACGAGGGCUUUGAAAUCACUUACCUGCCCGUCCAGAACAACGGACUGAUCAAAAUGGACGACCUCGAGGCCGCUAUGAAGCCCGAAACCGCCCUUGUCAGUAUCAUGGCUGUCAACAACGAGAUUGGCGUUAUCCAGCCCAUAGAAGAGAUUGGCAAGCUCUGCCGUUCCAAGAAGGUCUUUUUCCACACUGAUGCCGCCCAGGCCGUGGGAAAGAUUCCUCUAGACGUCAAUGCUAUGAACAUUGACCUGAUGUCGAUUUCGUCACAUAAAAUUUACGGGCCCAAGGGCAUUGGAGCUUGCUACGUCCGAAGAAGGCCAAGGGUCAGAUUGGACCCUCUCAUCACUGGUGGUGGCCAGGAGCGUGGUCUCCGAAGCGGCACCCUCGCACCGCCACUGGUUGUCGGCUUUGGCGAGGCUUGCCGCAUCGCCAAAGAAGAGAUGGCGUAUGAUUCGAAACGAAUCAAGACUUUAUCCGACCGACUUCUCCAUGGUCUGCUUUCCUUGGAACACACCCAACAGAACGGCGACGAAAAUGCCUUUUACCCUGGCUGUGUCAACGUCUCCUUUGCCUAUGUCGAGGGCGAGUCUCUCCUCAUGGCUCUGAAGGACAUUGCCCUGUCUUCAGGCAGUGCGUGCACUUCGGCGUCCCUCGAACCUAGCUACGUCCUCCGAGCCCUUGGCAACAGCGACGAAAGUGCGCAUAGCAGCAUUCGAUUUGGUAUUGGUCGCUUCACGACCGAGGCAGAAAUUGACUAUGUUCUCAAGGCUGUUCAAGAGCGAGUCAGCUUUUUGCGAGAGUUGAGUCCCCUUUGGGAGUUGGUACAGGAGGGUAUCGAUCUCAAUACCAUCCAGUGGAGCCAGCAUUAA